AUGCUUCGCGCCGCGACCGUGCGCGUCUCGCGCGGCGGGAGCGCCGCGCUCGAGCGCCAGCUCGCGAGCCGUCAUCUCGGGGGAGGACGACGCGCGGCGUCGCGCGUCUUUCCGGGGGUCGCUGGGCGCUGCCGACACCGCGAAAUCGCCGUCGUCGCUCGCGCGUCGUCGUCGACGCCGCCCCCCCCCCUCGCGCUCGGCACCGUCGGGUUCAUCGGCGCCGGGUCGAUGGCGGAGGCGAUGGCGCGAGGGUUCGCGGAGUCCGGCGCGGUCUCGCCGUCCUCCAUGCGCGUCUCGCGGAGCUCCGACGCGGCGCGCGCGGCGCGAUGGACAAACCUCGGCGUCGAGGCGCUCGCGUCCAACGGCGACGUCGCGCGCGUCUCCGACGUCGUCGUCCUCGCGGUGAAGCCGCACGUCCUGCCCGGAGUCUUGACCGAGAUCGCGUCCCACGUCUCGCCGGAGACGUUGCUCUUGUCCGUCGCCGCGGGCGUGAGCACGUCGUUCAUCGAGCGCGCGGUGUCGGACGCGAGGGGCGGCGGGGGAUCGAGGGAUGAUGAUCGUCGAUUCUCCCCGCCUCGGGUGAUUCGCGUCAUGCCCAACACGCCGUGUCAGGUCCGCGCGGCGGCGUCGUCCGUCUCCGCCGGCGCGCAUUCGUCGAGCGCAGACCUCGACGCGAUCGCGUCGCUCAUGCGCGCCGUCGGCGCGUGCGUCGUCGUGGACGAGUCGCUGAUCGACGCCGUCGUCGGCGUCAGGCGCGUUCCAUCUUACACUGGUCCCCAUACGACCCCCGGCAGCGGCCCCGCGUACGUCUACCAGAUCAUCGAGGCGAUGGCUGACGGCGGCGUCCUGUGCGGUCUCCCUCGCGCGGACGCGACGCUUCUCGCCGCGCAGACGGUCAUGGGCGCGGCGAAGAUGGUGUUGGAGAGCGGCGAGCAUCCCGCGGCGUUGAAGGAUAAGGUGUGCAGCCCGGGGGGGACGACGAUUCGCGCGGUGGCGGCGAUGGAGGCGGCGGGGGUUCGAGCGGGGAUGAUCGCCGCGGUGCGCGCCUCCGCGGAGCGAAGCGCCGAGCUAGGGCGCGCGACGGACGAAGCGGAAGCGAAAGCGACCGGGACCGGGAAGAAGAGGUAG